AUGGCACCAACCGCUAUCGUUGAUCUCGGCGAGACCUUUUCCGUUGGCCAGAAGCUGGAAAAUGUCUCCGACGCCAUCGACGACGUAAACUGCAUCAAGUACGAUUCCGAGUCCAAGUUCGACGCCAACAAGGACAAGGCAAACUUCCGCCAGUACGAGGAUGCCUGCGACAGAGUCAAGAACUUUUACAAGGAGCAACACGAAAAGCAGACUGUCGCCUACAACCUUGCCGCUCGCAACCGGUUCAAAAGCGCUUCACGGGUACGCCCUGAGAUGACCGUCUGGGAGGCCAUCGAGAAGCUCAACACUCUCGUUGACGAAUCUGACCCAGACACGUCGCUGUCUCAGAUCGAGCACUUGCUCCAGUCUGCUGAGGCGAUUCGCCGUGAUGGCAAGCCACGAUGGAUGCAGGUCACAGGUCUGAUCCAUGACCUUGGCAAGCUCAUGCUCUUCUUUGACGAGCUCGAAACCCAGGGUCAAUGGGAUGUCGUUGGCGAUACUUUCCCCGUUGGCUGUGCCUUUGACAAGCGAAUCAUCCUGCCUGACACCUUUGUCAACAACCCCGACACGAAGGAUCCCAUUUACUCAACCAAGUAUGGCAUCUACUCGCCCGGCUGCGGUCUGGACAACGUGAUGCUCAGCUGGGGUCACGACGAGUAUCUCUACCAUGUCGUCCGCGAUCAGUCGCUUCUGCCGGAUGAGGCGCUUGCCAUGAUCCGCUACCACUCAUUCUACCCCUGGCACCGCGAGGGAGCCUACAGGGAGUUUAUGGUUGAGAAGGACUGGGAGAUGAUGAAGGCUGUUCAGGCCUUUAACCCGUACGACCUGUACAGCAAGAGUGACGAUGUUCCCAGCGUGGAGGAGCUCAAGCCCUACUACAUGGAGCUGAUUGAUGAGUUUUUCCCGCAGAAGGUCGUCAAAUGGUAA